UAAUUUAGGAUGAAAAUUAGUAAUAUUUUGAUCCUUUUAAUAUUCAAUGGAAUAUUAUGGAGUUUAAUUACUUCAAUGGAAAAUGAAGAUCAAAAAGAUUUAAAUGAAACUGGUUCUAAUCCAAAAGAUAAAAAUAAAAAAUCGAAUGAUGAGGCUGAAUCGUCGGGUAAAACGGAAAGUCAAAAUGAAGAGCCAAAAACCAAAAUUAACAAAAAUAAAAUGAAAGGGAUAUUUGGACGUGAAAUAGGAAGUAAAUUAAGCAAUAAAUUUAAAGACUACUAUGAAGAGAAAGAAAGGGAAAUUGAAAGGGAAAUUGAAAGGAAGAAAAAAGAAAAUGCAAGGUUGGAAUUUAUACGAAGGUUAAGUGAAAUUUGUGCUGUAAUUGGCAUUUAA